AUGGAGCGACUAGUCUCAACACGUGCAAACACACGAUCCUCGCUAGCUUGUCUCGAGUGCCGGACAAAGCAUGUGAAAUGCGAUGCUAAACAGCCGCGAUGCAGUCGGUGCAUGGCAUACGAUAAGACGUGCCAGUAUACAGCUUCGAGACGCGGUGGCCUUGAUCGAGCUGCUUUGGCUGAAAGGCGGAGACGACUGGCUAAUAAGGCUGAUGGACAGCUGGACAAUGGCGUGUCAGAGAUUUCCGUGGUGGUAUCUGAUGAGGGAAUUAACUUAGGGGAUGAAUCUGUGACGGGGACGGAUUGGAGCUUACCUGUUCCAACACCAGUACCAGUACCGGUACCAGAGAACCGCGACACACCGCAGUUUAGCCAUGGCGGACUCACCGAUGAUGCUCUGGUUAAGUCGUACUAUGCCAACUUUCACCACUUGCAUCCUUACGCUCCCCCAUACAAACACUUAGUCCAUCUGUCCCAGGCGUCAACCUUCAACUUCAGUGCCCUCAUAGCUGCCAUGCGGCUCAUCGGUCAUAUCUACGACACCCACCAAUGGUCAGAAACACUAAGUAGCGCUGUCGAGGAUCAAAUUUCACAGCUCAAAUCAUCAGAUGCAGUGCAAGUCCAGGCUCGCCUACUCUACUCAAUCGCUUUGUUCUGGUACACGUUUAAGGCUGAAGCAAAGGAGCAGAUGGAUGCUGCAAUAGAUGUUGCCGUCAUGUUAGAGAUGCAUAAGCAGGAGUUCGCUGCUACUUUGGGAUUCGGCGACCCGGUCAUGGUUGAAUGCUGGAGACGAACGUGGUGGAUGCUAUUCAUCACGGAUGCUUCCUACGCUGGGACUUUAGGCACGAUGAAUUUCAAGACAUUACAUGUUGAACCUACCGCAGAUCUUCCUUGUGAAGAUUCAGAAUACGAGUCAGGUAUAAUCCCUGCACCAAAGACUUUACAAGACUUUGAUUCUCGCGAAUUCGAUAGCGAAGACGUUGUAUUCUCGUCCUUUGCCUAUCUCAUCGGAGCAGUGCGUUGCGCAGCACAAGUCAUCUACAUGUCACCAAAACGCGCAACAAGACAAAAUUCAGAAGCUAUCAUACAAUCCGCUGACUCGGCUUUCGAUGCCUGGCUACUGCUACUUCCCAAGGAUAAGAAGCCAGUGCUAAAGGCAGAUGGGACCAUUGAUGAGCUGAUGUUUCAAGCUCACUUGCUUAUCCAUGUUUGUGCUCGAGAACCACCGUCAGAUACACCGAAGCCAGAUCUCAUCAACGUACACACGACGAGGAUUCUCAAGUCAGUCAACGCACAAAUCCAACUAUUAGCUUUGCCGGUGCGCCCGUUCCAUCACACACCUUUCACAACAUGCAUGGUCAGCGAAGGAACUCUCGCGCUUCUCUCAGCUUGUACAUACAUGCUCAAAGACCAAGCAUUGGCAGUAGCGCGAGAUCAGAUCCGCUUGACUAUCGGAUGUCUCAAGGCUGUAGGUGAGGUUUGGCCAAGAACGGCGAGGAAUGUGAAAGAGAUACAGACUAUCGCUCGUCAUGUUCUAGGGCUUGGCGGGACUAGUGGAGAAGUGGGGAGUACGCCGGGAUCAGCGCAUAUUCCGAGUUUGAUGCAGAGCGAGGGCGAGGGUAGCACGGGAUCCCUUCCGACUAUGGACCAGGAUGAUAAUGUUUUUUCGUCUCUGGGGACUUUCGAGGAUAUCUGCGGAUGGGUCAACAUGGGUAUAGAGCUGGAUCCUAGCUGGAUGGAAGGAAGGACAAGUUGA